AUGGAUGAAAAGUCCAAGUUCAGCAAACAAGAGGAUUCCUCCGAGCAGGAAGUGUCCGAGUCCUACAAUGAAGAACUUCAGGACCCCAUCCACACCAAGACUCUCCAUCGUGGGCUGAAGGCCCGGCAGGUGUCCAUGAUAGCCCUGGGAGGUGCCGUCGGUACUGGCCUGAUCAUUGGUACGGGAACUGCGUUACGAAGAGGCGGUCCUCUCGGUCUCCUACUCGGUUACGCUUUCAUGGGGUUUGUCUGUUAUCUUGUGAUGGUAGCACUCGGAGAGAUGGCAUCCUUUCUGCCCCAUAAAAAGGGCUUUGCUGGAUACGCAACACGUUUCGUAGAUCCAGCCAUGGGUUUUGCGUUGGGGUGGAACUAUCUGAUGAAAUAUCUUAUCGUGACGCCCAAUAAUAUCAACGCUGCUGGGGUUGUAGUACAAUACUGGACCCAAAAAGUUCACAUAGCUAUUUGGAUGGUGAUUUUCAUUGGUUUCAUCUUUGUCGUCAAUCUUCUUGGCGUCCGUGUAUUUGGAGAAUUGGAAUUUUGGUUCUCCAGUAUUAAAGUGAUUUCGUUGAUCGGUUUAAUAUUAAUGGGCAUAAUUAUCGAUCUUGGUGGAAACCCGAUGCAUGACCGCAUUGGCUUCCGCUAUUGGAACCCUCCUAAUGGCCCUAUGGGAAGUUACCUACUCGAUCAAGUCCACGAUACACCUCUAGCAACUUUCCUCGGUUUCUGGGCUGUAUUGACAAACGCCCUAUUCGCCUAUAUGGGAACAGAACUCAUUGGAGUUACAGUUGGAGAGGCUGAGAAUCCUCGACGCAACAUUCCGAUGGCCAUCAAACAGACGUUUUUCCGGAUUUUGAUAUUCUAUGUAGGAGGAGUGUUCGUUAUCGGGUUAAUUGUCCCUUCAACGAACGAUACCCUCUUCGUUGCCACAAAGGCCAAAACUGGAGCUGCGGCAUCUCCGUUUGUCGUCGCGACCACCCUCGUUGGAAUCAAGGUAUUAAGGCACAUCAUCAACGCCGCUAUUUUGCUCUUCGUCAUGAGCGCUGCAAAUUCCGAUUUGUACAUCGGCUCGAGAACGUUGUACGGACUUGCUGUGGAAGGGAAAGCUCCUAAAAUAUUUAAGCGAGUCAACGGAAUGGGAGUGCCGUAUCCCGCUCUCAUUUUCUGUACUUUGUUUUGCGGAUUGGUCUUUUUGAACGUUUCAAGCUCUAGUUCCAAAGUUUUCACCUGGUUCGUCAACUUAGUGACAACUUUUGGAGCAAUUACAUGGAUGUGUAUCUGUUACUCUCACAUUCGAUUCAUGAAAGCUCUCAAAUCCCAUGGAAAAUCUCGCGACUCACUUCCGUACAAAGCUCCCUUCCAACCAUGGGGAAGUUGGUUCGCCUUGAUCGCCACUGGCAUAGUCACUUUCUUCAAAGGCUUUGACAGCUUCAUGCCGUUUAAGAUUGACACGUUUAUGACAUCGUAUAUCGCGAUACCCACCUUUAUCGUGAUGUACACUGGAUAUAAGAUUCUCUAUAAAACGAAGACUUACGCUCCAAGCGAGGUUGACUUGGUCACCGGCCUCAAAGAAAUUGACGAAGAAGAGCAGAGGUACAUUGCCCAACAUCAACUUGAGAAGCAGGGAUCCAGAAACUGGUGGCAACGACUCUGGGAUAAUGUUUAG